AUGGAUUUUGUAGACUUUAAUACUUUUGACAAGAGUAGUGAUGGUGACAGUCUAUUGCCACAGCCUCAACCGGCAUUGUCAUUGACUAACAUUGAGUCGUUAAGUAAACGAUUCACCUCCAAUUUGAAUACCAAUUUAUCAAGAAUAUUGAAAUCUGAUGGUAAACAAGACAAGUCACAAACUAUAAAUGAGAAUGAAAGAACUCAAGAUGAUUCUAUAGCUGAGAAAUAUGCUCAGAUGUCAUUGUCAUUACUAAGUAAGGAUAAACCUGUUGAUGAUUCUGUAGAAGUGGUGAAUAAAUCUGAUAGUCAAGUCCCUUCAACAAACACUUUGACAACGAGACUUUCUCGUGUGUUGAAUGAUUCCUUAAGCGAUUCUCAUAUCAGAGAGAUAUUUACCCAUUUGGAGGAGAAAGUCAUCAAUGAUGAUGAAUAUGUAACUGAAUUGAUUGAGCCUGGUGUGAUUGGAUCCAUGACUAGAAAGAAAUUACGUGGGAAAAUUGAGACUGAAUUAAUCAAGAAUCAAAGUUUAAUCCUUAAGGAAUAUGCCCCCUUAGUGAAACAAUUGAAAGCGAUUGAAUCAAGAUUAAAUAAGUUGAAUGAAUUGAAUAAAUCUACUAAUGAAAAGAUUAUUAAAAAUUAUCAAUUCUCAACUGAUUUUAAUAAUCAAAUUAAACAUUUAAUAGAUGAACAAAAAUUAAUUGGAUUAAAGAAGAGCUUAUUGAUAAGUUUUAAAGAUAAAUUUACAUUGAAUGAAUAUGAGGAGUUUAUAUUGACUUCAGGAGACCUCAAUGAAGAAUUCUUUACAGUUUUAUCAAAAGCUGAAACAAUCAAUGAAAAUUGUUCAAUCUUACUUUCGAUUGAUAAUCCACAGCUAGGGCUUAAAAUAAUUAACAAGAGCAAUCAUAUUAUAAAUAAAGCCAGAGAUAGAAUUGUCACCUAUACAAAUAAAACAUUGAGUAAUCUAUAUUCACUUAACCAAAAGUCGAGAUUGGUCAUCCUACAUCAAUGUUUCCGCUAUUUGAAAACUCAAUUCAACUAUUUCCUGUCCAUUGUUACUAUUUUCAGUGAAACUAGAUCAAAGCUGUUAGUCGAUGAAUUCUACAAACAAAUCCAAUGUGAUAUUGAUUCAAACCCUUCCAAAUCGGACUUAUCAAGACCCAUUUUCUUAUCGGCACAUGAUCCAGUUAGAUUCGUGGGUGAUUUAUUGGCAUAUGUCCAUUCAAUCGCUGUUAAUGAAUCUGAAACUAUGAAUAGCAUUUUUCUUCUUGACGAGAUUGAAGACCAAAAAGAACGUGAAGAGUUUAAGAGUAUUAUUCAAGAUGUUUUGGAUAAAAUCUUGAAAUCAUUGUCACGUCCCGUUAAGUCAAAAGUCGAAUCUAUUAUAUCUAGUGAAACCAAAUUAUCGAUUAUAUUCCAGAUUUUUAACUUGGUUGAGUUGUAUUCAUUCAUGUUUGAUAAACAAUUGAAAGAUGCUGGUAAUUUUGUGGAUACCGUUAAGAACUUAGUGAAAACAUGUCAAGACAGGAUCUUUAUGAUUAUUACCAAUAGAUUGGCGACAAUUAGAACUAGUAACUCGGCUCAAUUGGAAUUGAAUCUUGAUUUACAACCUCCAGAAUGGAUCAUUGAAUUUUAUGGUGAUAUUUUGCCGAUUGUUGAUCAAAUGACCACGGAAACUAUCUUAAAUCUACCAGAUGAAGAAAGUUCGAAAUUCUUGAAGUUAAUCGUGAAUGAACCAAUUGAAGUCUUUUAUCAACAUGUUAAGGAUAAUAAACUAUUCAGUAAUAAAUUGGAUUUAUUAAUCAUAAAACAAAAUUUCCUUGAUUUAAUUCUUACUAAAAUCAUACCGAUUAAUUUAUUGUCCAAUAAAGUUUUAGAAAUUAAUGAUAUGAUAGAUGGGUUGACUCAAGAAUUGAUUGAAUAUGAAUUGCAGAAUAUUUUAAAGAAUUGUAAUUUGUUGGAUUAUUAUAAUAUUAUAAACAUGAUUUGUCCUUUCACUGAUGAUUUCUUUGAAGUGUCAAUAUAUGAGCCAAUCAAAGAGAAUAAACUAUACUCUAUAGAUGGGUUUGUUAAAACUGAUGAAAUCUUGCAGAAUUAUUUACCUAAUGCCAUGAUCGAGAUCCAACAGGAAUUACUAAAGUUAAAUUCUCCAAUUGUGGUUAAUGAAGUUGUCAAUAGUUCAUUCAUUUCAUUGGUAAAAUUUUACAAUAAAUUAAAUAUCAUAAAUCAAGAAUAUCUUGAUUUCAAUUUCACUUGGUCUGAUUUUGAUUUGGCUACAUUAUUAGGUAUUGAAGAUGCAUACGUAAAGGAACUUGAGAAAUCUAUAUAG